UGACUGUUAAGAUAAUCAUUCAGGUCUUUCUUUUAGUUUGCCCCUAUUUUGAUGCACUAUGUCACAGUUUUCUGCAACUUUUAAAGACGCACCUGCUGACAGUCUGGAAUUCAACAAAAUCAACUGACAUGUGAUGCAACUAAUUGUGGUCAAAAAUGAGAAGUGAUUUUUUUUUCUCCUGCCGAGGGACCUCAAACGACCGCCCUCCCGUCUUUUAGAAAGACAAAGAAAGACACUCCGCUCAGUUACGAUUAUGUCAGCAGGCCGGCAGUCCGGAAAAAAAUGCAAACUCUUGGGUUAAAUAUGAAUAAGGAUACGUUGAACAAACUCGUUGCUCCAGCCACAGCCAAGCUCCGGCAGCUGCAGAAGAUUGUGCAAGACAUCAGGAAAAACGACGGCAGUUUACUGGACAAAUUCAGAAGACUGAAGAGCAAGCCGCUCCCAAACAUUCCUGCCAGAGAUUACGGAGAUGAUGAUCAGUCGUCUGAUCGAGAAUACCACAACGAGGAGUAUGAGGAGCUCCCUGAAGAGGAUAACUACGAGCCUCCUCCGAGCCACCGAGAGUUCUCAGCCCCGUCCGCCUCCCUCCCCAGAGGGGAGUAUCUCGACCAGCGUCCCAGUCGCCCUCCUAAAACGCCGCUCCGCCCAGGCAGGGUCUCAAAACAGCUGCCCCCGGAGCCCCAGACCAGCGACGAGGAAGAUUACAUAAACCCCGACGCGGCCAACGACGGCGACUACGUAGAGCCGGAGGAGAAUCCAGCUUCCAAUCCCAUGAUGCACGGCGGCAGCAGAGCUGCACGAGACCUGGACUGUGGCCCUAAGUUUUAUAAAGUCCCUGACAAAGAGGAGAGAUCCUUAACGUUUCCUCCAAACAGACUGUGUCCAGUUCCUGCCAAACAGACUCAGUCUCUCCCACCAAGACCCAGCCCCAGGUUAAACAUUAGGAGAUCUCCACUUCCUGUUCAAGAGUCUGCAGAUAAUACUGAAUAUGAAGUCGCUGAUCCACAUGAUAGUCCCAGACCUCAACCUCCGGCUGGUCCUCGUCCUCCUCUCCCCAGACCUCUACUCAGAGAAUCAAAACCUUCCAUAAUGCCGAAGCCAGAAAUAAAACCGAGGGAAUUUGAAAGCAGGACGUUGCCCGUGAUGCACCAGGACCAGAACUCUCCUCCAAGAGCUUUUACCAUGGACUUUAAACGGCCAAAACUCCCCUGCCCACAGUUCACCCCCCCCAAAGCAGCAGAGAGGGGAGGAGUGGCUGCAGAAAACGGCUCCAUGAGCCAGGAGAAGGACAGAGAUAUGAGUAACAAGCCCUGGUUUGCUGGAGCGUGUGACCGCAGGACGGCCGACGAAGCCCUGCUACGCUCCAACAAGGACGGAGCGUUCCUGGUGCGCCGGAGCUCGGGCCAGGACGCGCUGCAGCCGUUCACGUUGGUGGUUUUCUACCGGGGCCGGGUCUACAACAUCCCCAUCAGGGUGGUGGCCGGGUCGGGCCAGUUCGCCCUGGGCCGCCAGAAGCACGGGGAGGAGCAUUUCAGCAGCAUCUCCCACAUCGUGGAGAAUCACCAGAGGAACCCGCUGGUUCUGAUCGACGCCCAGAGCAACAGCAAGGAUUCCACCAAGCUCUGCCACGCCGUCAAGCCGUGAAACACCCCGGGGUCGGAGCCAGAAACCGCUGUCACUGUCGCUGCUGCAGCUGAUGUUUGGUUGUUUUCAUGGCCCCUGCUUUGCUGUCAGGGGCCCGGCUACCCGGGACGUGGUCUGAGAUGCAGCUGUGAUGAUCAGCGAGGGAACCUGAGCCAUCAUGAAGAGCUACACUGAUUUCACUAGAAACCACGUUUGGUGAAAAACAGUCGGAGCUCCAGCCGUAAACUGUUCUGACUGCAAAAACAAAAGUAAAUGUAUAUUCACUGUAAAUAAAGGAGGCAGACGUGUUCACUGGACUGCUCUGCUGGACAUGCAGUCAUGACCUUUCAACAUGUUAAUAUUCUUCAUGCUAGGGAUGCACCGAUCGAUUGGUAUCGGCCCGAUAACGGCCCUAUCGGUUUUGAUCAGAGAUCGGAAAAUAAGAGUUCAAAGCAGCCGAUCAGAUGACAUUUACAACAACAAGCCGCCACAGGAAAGCUGAAGCUAGUAAGCUACACUUACUCUUUGUAAGCUGAGUCUAAGUCGUGACUAUGAAUCUCUAGACCAGGGGUCUGCAACCCAAAAUGUUUUAGAGCCAUAUUGGACCAAAAACACAAAAAACACAUAUGUCUGGAGCCGCAAAAAAUGAAAAGUCUUGUAUCAGCCUUAGAAUGAAGACAACACAUGCUGCAUGUUUCUAUAUAAGUUAGAACUGGGGGGAGAUUUUUUUUUUCAUUAUACACUUCGAGAAAAAAGGCGAAAUGUCGAGAAAAAACUCAAAAUGUCGAGGAAAAAGUCAAAAUUUUGUGAGAAAGUCGAAAUGUUGAGAAAAGUCAGAAUUUUGAGAAAAGUCGAAAUGUCGAGAAAAAAGUCGAAAUGUUGAGAUUAAAAAGGAAAGGAAAAAGGAAGAAAAAAAAAGAGAAAAAAAAGAAGAAAUGAGAAAAGGAAAAAAGAAGAAAAAAAGGAAAAAAGAAGAAAAAUAGUGAAAAAAAAGGAAAGAAAAAAAAAGUUCAAACAUUUUUGAAAAAGCUCCAGGAGCCACUAGGGCGGAGCUAAAGAGCCGCGGGUUGCUGACCCCUGGAUUAGAGGGUGAAAUAUUUCUAUAUUGCCUCAGCCUGCAAUAAAACAGACAAUUCAUGAUACUUUCUCAUCUCCUAAUUUUUAUACCUAAUAAUACAAUGUCAGUGUUGUACAUGAGACAACAAUAUUGAUGAAUUUAUGGAUUUCACGCUGUGAUCGGCAACAUCGGGAUCGGCAGAUACUGAUUUUGGAGAUCGGUUAUCGGUGCAUCUCUACUUCAUGCUACUUUAGAAAACUGUAUUACAAUUAAUGCAGGAGAUAUGAGUGUGUGUAUAUAUUUAUAUAUAUAUAAAUAUGUUGUUGUAAUAAAGCGUCACAUUCUGUUUUAUUUCCCAUUUGUGUUCAUUAACAAGAAAACGCCACCAAAACUUUGACAAAAUGUUUCAUUUAUUGUCUUAAUGCUAUCAUACUUAUGCACAGUUGCCGCAUUAAAAAUAAU